AUGACUCAGGAAAUCCAUCUCGUUGUUCUUGUUCAUGGACUCUGGGGAACUAUUCACCAUUUCGAUUAUGUUGCUGGCGAGCUGGCGUCGAAAAAGGGUGCCAUCAUUCACGACCAUCCUGAUCAUCCAUUGGUGGUACCGCCAGGUGUAUCUUCUGAUUCGCCAAUUAUUGUAGUGUAUCGUACUCAUUCAAACGAGGGGUAUUUUACUUAUGAUGGAGUAGAUGUUUGUGGUGCACGAGUUGCUGCUGAGAUCGAGAAUGAACUGGCUGCCUUGAAUAACUCUGCUAGUGUGCCAUCCGGAGAACCUAUUCGUAAAGUUACAAAGAUUUCGAUUGCUGGUUACUCUUUAGGAGGCUUGAUAUCGAGAUACGCUAUUGGUUUGCUUUACAAGCGAGGUGUAUUUGAUACCGUUAAGCCUGUUAGCUACACGACAUUUUGCAGUCCUCAUGUAGGUGUAUCGGUACUAGGAUCCAGAUUCUCAGCCCGAGCAUUCAACUUUGUUGGGAAAUAUUCCAUGUCAUCAACUUCGCGACAAUUGUUUCUUGCCGAUAACUAUCAGUCUACAAAAGUACCUCUUCUCGAGUAUAUGUCGCAUCACGAUUCUCCUUUUUAUGAGGGACUAAAGUCAUUUCCCUCGCAUACCUUGUAUGCUAAUAUUAUCAAUGACCAUCGAUGUGAAUACUAUACUUCGGCCAUCGAGACAGAAGAUCCAUUUGCCGGCAGAGUUAGUACUUCUGUUGGGCCCUAUGUUGAAGGAUAUGAGCCAACGGUACUGGAUCUCGUUUCGUCAGGCGGUCCAUUAUUUGAAGACAAAUCCGCCAAUAAACAAGAUACACGGGCAACUGGACUGUUUGACAGACUAAAAAACGUUUUCAGACGAGCUGCUGGAUAUGUUUUUCUUGGAGUCAAAGUUCUAGUGAUUGUUCCUCUGUGGUUUAUGGCUUUCCUGUUAAAUGCUGCCUAUCAAACUAUAGCAUCUUCAAGUAGACAACGGAUAUUCCGAAAGACAGAUGAGCAUCUGUCUUUACUUUUCAAUGGCGGAGAUCAACCGUCUAUGAGCGAGAUUUUGGAAGAUGAAGCUGACGAAGUAGUCGAGUCGAUGUACGAGACGUUUAGUAAGCGGCCCCAAGAAGAAGAGCCCUUACUGAAAAGAGCGUCUAGAACAGUCGAUGAUUUAGAAUCAGAAUUGCCAGCUACCCAUGGCCAGUCAGAACAACUCCCAGUACUGCCAGUUCACCGAACAAUCAUUGCUAACCUUAAUGCACUCAACUGGAACAAAUACCCCAUUCACAUCACUCUUGCAAAACACUCACACGCUGCAGUGAUUGUGCGGUUCCCUAACGACAAGUUUAGGGAGGGAAAGACUGUCAUAAGCCAUUGGAUUAGUUCCAUCGAAUGGUAG